UUCAUAUUGCUUUCUAAGUUUCGCAAAGAAAACCAAAAGCGGGAAGAAAAGAUAAUGACAGACAAGAAAAAUAUAUUGCUGCUCUUCGAUCGUCCUAAUGAACCGGUGUUCAUGGAAAAAGGCGACACUUCGACUGUAUUCGAUGUACCGGAUAGUUAUUUAACUGAUCGUUAUCGUCCUGUUGGCAAUGAGGUGCGGGCCCGUUUUGGUGAAAAGGCCGAAAGACGUGUGCCUGUACGCGAGAUACGGGUACCAGAUAUGCGCAUACCUAUGUCUGUAGGACGGGAUGAACAAUUUUCUUUGUUUAUACCGAAGCACAAGACCGCUGCUGGACGUUUAAUUGACAUCUUUCUGGGCAUGCGUACUGUCGACGAUUUAUUAAGUGCAGCUGUGUUUGCUCGUGAUCGUGUCAAUCCUUAUUUGUUUCAUUAUGCUUUGUCGGUGGCGUUAAUGCAUCGCCAAGAAACUAAGGACCUGGAAUUACCUUCUCUUCCGCAGUAUUUUCCCGAUAAGUAUGUAGAUUCGAAAGUUUUUCGAAAUGUACGCGAAGAGGCUACCGUCGUACCAGAAGGCUCACGUAUGCCAAUUGUGAUACCACGUGACUAUACCGCCUCUGAUUUAGAUCCAGAGCAUCGUUUGUGGUAUUUUCGCGAAGACAUCGGCUUGAAUAUUCAUCAUUGGCAUUGGCAUCUGGUUUAUCCAGCCGAGGCUAGUGAUCGUAGCAUUGUAGCUAAAGAUCGACGUGGCGAAUUAUUUUAUUAUUCACAUCAACAAAUUAUCGCCCGUUAUAAUCUUGAACGCUUUUGCAAUAACUUACCACGUGUAGUUCGUCUUAAUAAUUUACGUGAGGAAAUACCAGGGGCUUAUUUCCCAAAAAUGGACUCUUUGGUGGCGAGCAGAGCGUAUCCGCCACGUCCGGAAAAUAGUAAAAUGACAGAUUUAAGUCGAGGUGUGGAUCAAUUAAAAGUCGACGUGGGCGAUUUAGAACGUUGGCGUGAUCGCAUUUAUGAAGCAGUUCAUCAAGGUUUCGUUGUUGAUGAAAAUGGAAAUCGCAUUACUUUGGACGAGAAUCGCGGCAUUGAUGUUUUAGGUGAUGUUGUAGAGUCCUCAAUUAUAUCACCAAAUCGUGCUUUGUAUGGCGAUCUUCAUAACUUAGGCCAUGUUUUAAUCUCCUAUGUUCACGAUCCGGAUCAUCGCUAUUUGGAAUCAUUCGGUGUUAUGGGCGACUUGGCAACGACAAUGCGUGAUCCUGUUUUCUUCCGGUGGCAUUCGUACAUUGACGAUAUCUUCCAAGAGCAUAAGACACGCAUGCCUCCUUACAUGGUAAACCAAUUAAAUUAUGAAGGCGUUACGAUCACUGGGCUUCAGGUCGCUGCAGAUGGUGGCCGCCCUAAUACUUUGAAUACUUUUUGGCAACAAUCAGACGUGAAUUUGUCGCGUGGCAUGGAUUUUGUACCACGUGGUAACGUGUUUAUACGUUUUACCCACUUACAGCAUACACCUUUCACUUACACGAUUAAUGUAAACAAUAAUGGGGGUGCACAACGCUUUGGCACAGUGCGUAUAUUUUUAGGCCCUAAAAAUGAUGAACGUGGCCUUCCAAUGUCGUUUAGAGAUCAUCGUUUGUUAUUGAUUGAAUUGGAUAAAUUUGUAGUGUCUUUAAAUCCCGGGAUGAAUACCAUACGUCGUCGUUCUACUGAAUCUUCGAUUAGUGUACCCUUUGCACGCACUUUCCGUAGCUUAGAUGAAAAUCGUCCUCCUGCCGGUUCCCCGGAAGAAGGAGAAUUUAAUUUCUGUGGUUGUGGUUGGCCAGAAUAUUUACUAAUACCGAAAGGUUUACCUGAAGGCUUCAAGUGCGUUUUAUUUGUUAUGGUCUCAAAUUACGAAGAUGAUCGUAUUGAUCAAGAUUUGUUGGGCAGUUGCAGUACUGCAGCUUCUUAUUGCGGGGUACGUGAUCGUCUCUAUCCUGAUCGUCGUUCGAUGGGUUAUCCCUUUGAUCGCUUGGCACGGCGUGGUGUUGACAAUUUGAUGAAUUUCUUAACUCCCAACAUGGCCACCGUGGAUGUUGAUAUACGUCAUGAAGACCGCACAGUAGUGCAAUACAUUAUGCUGGGCCACCGCCAAACGUCCACGUUACGUAUAAUAAUGGCUAACAGGAAUGAUUUGUUGUUGCUUUUUGAGCAUCCCAAUGAACCGGUUUUUAUGGAAAAGGGAAAAACAAUUACAGUCUUCGAUGUGCCCGAUAAAUUUUUAACCGAUCGAUAUCGACCUAUUGGUACAGAGGUGCAAACAAGAUUUGGUGAACGGGCAGAAAAGCGCAUACCUGUUAAGGAUAUCACUUUGCCGGAUUUACGCAUACCAAUGUCCUUGGGGCGUAAUGAACAAUUUUCUUUGUUUAUACCACGACAUCGACAAAUUGCUGGACGAUUAAUUGAUAUCUUUAUGGGAGUGCAAAGCAUCGACGAUCUACAAAGUGUAGCAGUUUUUAGCCACGAUCGUUUGAAUCCUUACUUAUUUAAUUAUUGUCUGUCGGUGGCUUUGUUGCAUCGCCCGGAUACUAGAGCAUUAAAUUUGCCAUCGUUUGCUCAACAUUUUCCUGAUAAAUUUGUCGACUCACAGGUUUUUAGACAAAUGCGUGAAGAAGCUACGGUGGUGUCUGAAGGAUCUCGCAUGGCCAUCGCAGUACCACGUGAUUAUACAGCUUCUGAUUUGAAUCCUGAGCAUCGUUUAUGGUAUUUUCGUGAGGAUAUGGGUGUUAACCUCCAUCAUUGGCAUUGGCAUUUAGUUUAUCCAACUGAAGCUACCGAUCGCCGCAUAGUGGCCAAGGAUCGCCGUGGUGAAUUGUUCUAUUAUAUGCAUCAACAAGUUAUUGCCCGUUACAACUUAGAACGAUUUAGCAAUAGUUUGCCUCGUGUUGUGCGUUACAACGAUUUCCGUCAACCUAUAGCCGAGGGAUAUUUUCCAAAAAUGGACUCUAUGGUAGCGAGUAGAUCGUGGCCUCCACGCUUUGACAAUACUAAAAUUAGUGACUUAAGGCGUACAUCGGAUCAAAUUACUAUGGAUGUCGCCAAUUUAGAACGUUGGAGAGAUCGUAUACUUGAGGUCAUUCAAUUGGGCUACGCCCUGGAUGACAACGGCAAUCGUUUGGAUUUGAAUGAGCAGCGUGGUAUAGACAUACUGGGAAAUAUAAUAGAAUCGUCGAUUCUUUCACCAAAUCGCACGUUAUAUGGUGAUUUUCAUAAUAUGGCACACGUGUUCAUCUCGUACGCCCAUGAUCCGGAUCAUCGGCAUUUGGAAACGUUUGGUGUUAUGGGUGACGCGGCUACCGCUAUGCGUGAUCCAGUUUUCUAUAGAUGGCAUGCUUACGUUGAUGACAUUUUUCAAGAGCACAAGGGUCGCUUGCCUGCGUACACUGUGUCGCAACUUCGCUACGAAGGUGUGUUGUUAUCUGGAGUACAAAUCAGCAGUGAUGGCGUGCAAGCAAACACGCUAACAACGUUUUGGCAACAAUCUGAUGUAGAUUUGUCUCGUGGUAUGGAUUUCGUACCCCGGGGAAAUGUAUUCGCUCGAUUCACUCACUUACAGCACACGCCAUUUACUUACACUAUAAACGUAAAUAAUUUGGGUGCUGUGCAGCGUUUCGGUACGGUGCGUAUUUUUUUGGGCCCAAGGAUGGAUGAACGUGGCCAACCUAUGGUCUUAAGAGACCAGCGAAAUCUAAUGAUAGAGUUGGAUAAAUUUGUAGUGUCAUUGAAUCCUGGCAUGAAUACCAUAAGACGUCGCUCUACCGAAUCCAGUGUUACCAUACCGUUUGAACGUACUUUCCGUAAUUUGGAUGAAAACCGCCCCGCUGCUGGCACUGCACAGGAAUUAGAAUUUAAUUUUUGUGGCUGCGGUUGGCCGCAGCAUAUGUUGAUUCCAAAGGGUUUGUCAGAAGGUUUGCAAUGCGAAUUAUUUGUAAUGAUUUCUAACUAUACGGACGAUCGGAUUGAACAAGAUCUGGUCGGCAAUUGUAGUGAUGCCUCAUCUUAUUGCGGCGUACGAGACCGCCUCUAUCCUGAUCGUCGAGCAAUGGGUUAUCCUUUCGAUCGCCUGCCACGCCAGGGAGCAGAUCGUUUGGUUAAUUUCCUUACCCCUAAUAUGAGCGUAGUUAAUGUUAUCAUACGUCACGAAAAUAGGACCGUUUUACGGGCUACCAACUAAAUUUUGAAUGAGAUCACAAUUCGAUAUAACUACAAUACACUCGAAAUUGAAAAGUAAAAGUGCGAAAAUUGAAAAAUUAUGCAAAUUAAAUCAA